GACAACACUGGCUGGGAGUGGCAUUUUAGGUCUCGGGGCAGAAAUUUUCUUUGUUGAACUUUUUUGAGCUUCCUGUUGUUGUUCUUCUUCUUCUUCUUUUCUUUUUCUUUUUUUUUUUUCUCCCUAUAAAUUCAUGGCAAAUAUCCAUUUUCAGAUUGAUCCAGCCCUAUCCGACAGGAUUAAUGGAAGAGGGAGGAAACAGAGGAGGACGAGGACGAGGACGAGGACGUCCGCCACUGCCCGAAGGAGAAAGGAAGACGAGGAAGAAUAAACGUAAUAAGGAAAGUCGCGCAACUAAAAAGUUGGAAUGCGAAAUUUACCAGGCCUUCUGUCAGAUGCCCGAAAUCAGUUACAUAUACAAAGCCUUUAGAGAAGACUACAUCAAGAAAAUAAAAGAAGAGCGUUUUGAUUUAGAGGUACUGAAAGAUCAAGAGUUGAAGGAAAAUUUAAGGAAGAGUGAGGAAGAUGUGAUGAGUGAAUUCAUGGACAAAUAUAAAGGGCUGCUUGAGGAACUUUUUGAGAAGGGAAUCAUUGAGACGUUCAAAGAGAAGUUGUCCAAGGAUCCAACGUGAAAGGAAGUAAAUCGAAGUCAGACACCAAGAGUUCCAAGCUUUUCGUCAAUAAGAAAGCAGCCGUCACAUAAGCUGGGAAGAAACCGGGGAAGGCGGCUAAGGAUCCAAACAAACCAAAGAGGCCUGCCAGUGCCUUCUUCGUAUUCAUGUAAUUAUUAUCACCGCCUCUAUAAAUAUCUCGUUACUAAUGAAGAAUCCUCUUUCCGUCAAAUAUCUUUGGCAUUAACAUUCAAACAAACCGUUGAAGAAGUGAACAUAACAAUCUUUAAAAAAUCAUGGAUUCCACGGGGAACCCAGAUCCGGGCUCCUCGUGGAUUCCACGGGGAACCCAGCGCGGAACCCAGCUGGGUUCCCUGUGGAAUCCAGAGGAACCCAGUUUCUGGAGGAACCCAGUUUCUGGGUUUCCCAAGGAAGUUAGGAUGAUGAAGACGAUGGCAAAGAACGGUGAAGAUGAUGCCGAGGAUGAGGAGGAGGAUAAGCUUAAGGAAGGUUUGGAUCAGCUUAAGGAAGGUUUGGAUCUGCUUAAGUAUUACUUGUUUAGUGCGAUCGGCUAACUCUAAUGAAUAAUUUCCUAUAUU